GGUUCGCAGCAGCGCCGCAGUGCAUGCAGUCGCAUACAGCUGCCACUGAAAUGAGCAGCACCGCGGGAGCGGCAGCAUGCAGCACGGUCGCUGGGGCAUGCAGCUGCCCAAGGACACGCGCAUUGCGCCCCAGGCGGGCGGGCGCCGCCCCAACCCGCCGGUCGGUGGCGGCGGCCGGCGAGGGACGAAGCGCCAACCGGGCCAAGUGGGCCGCUAGCGACCUCGCCGGCAAUGGCGCUGCCGCUGCGGCGGCAGCCGUGCUAGAAUCGCCUGCGCAGCUGGAGCAGCAGGAGGGGCCGCAGCUUGAUGCAUCUGAGCUGGUGUGGUCUGCGGCAGACGAUGGGCGGUCUCUGUUUGCCGACAUCGACCGCCUGGUGCAUACAAACUUGAGGCGUGUGCAGCAGGCGAUGCGGCGGCACCGCAUCGGCCCCCACCACUUUGCGGGCAGCACAGGCUACGGGCAUGGCGACUUGGGCCGUGCCGCGCUGGACGAGGUGGUGGCAGAGGUGAUGGGCGCAGAGGCGGCGGCGGUGCGCAUCCAGUUUGUGUCGGGAACCCACGCCAUCAGCAGCGCGCUGUUUGGCUGCCUCAGGCCGGGCGACGAGCUGCUGGCGGUGGCAGGCAGCCCGUACGACACUCUUGAAGAAGUGAUUGGGCUGCGUGGCACGCCCAGCAUCGGCAGCCUGGCCGACUUUGGAGUGUCCUACCGCAAGCUUGACCUGGCGCCCAGCGGCAGCAUCGACUGGGAGGCGCUCGCCUCUGCUGUGCGGCCAGAAACCAAGGUGGCGCUGGUGCAGCGCUCCUGCGGCUACGCGCUGCGCCCCACGCUGGGCAUCGACGAGAUCCAGCGGGCGGUGGCGGCCAUUAAGGCGCAGAACCCGCGGGUCAUCGUAGCCGUGGACAACUGCUAUGGCGAGUUCACCGAUGACAGGGAGCCGCCCGCGGUGGGCGCCGACCUGUGCAUGGGCUCGCUGAUCAAGAACGGCGGCGGCACCAUCGUCAGCGGCGGCGGCUACGUGGCGGGGCGGGCCAACCUGGUGGAGCGGGCGCUGGCGCGCCUGACGGCGCCCGGCAUCGGCAGCGAUGCAGGCUGCGUGCCGGGGGAGACGCUGCGCCUCAUGUUCCAAGGCGAGCGACGGCAGGGAGGAGGGGGCCUGUGGCUGGCGCCCCAGAUGGUGGGCGAGGCGCUCAAGGGCGGCCGCCUGGCGGCGCAGGUGCUGGGGAGGGAGGGGUACCAGGUCACGCCCGCGCCAGGACCGUGCACCCCCUGGUCCUUCAUCACAGCCGUGGAGCUGGGCAGCAAGGAGCGCAUGGUGGCCUUCUGCCGCGCGGUGCAGCAGUGCUGCCCCAUCGGCUCGUACAUCCAGCCCGUGCCAGGCGUGACGCCAGGUUACGGUGACGAAGUCAUCUUUGCUGACGGCACCUUCAUCGACGGCUCCACCGCGGAGCUGAGCGCCGACGGGCCCAUCCGCCCGCCGUACGUGGUGUACUGCCAGGGGGGCACCCACUGGACCCACUGGGCGCAUGUGCUGGAAUCGGCGGUGACGGCGAUGCGGCAGGCAGACGCGGCGGCGGCAGCCCAGACCAACCAGGGUUGA